AUGAUGGUUUCUGCUGCUGAUUUGCUGGCUACUGACGGUGACUUCAGUUACUUAGUGGUUACUACGUGGCCGGGGCUUGUAUCGAAGUCCAAAGAGGAAGAGGAGUGGCUCGCUGAUCGUGGAUUGCUGUGGAAGGAAAUCCAACUUCUCGCAUCUGUUGGAUCAGCAGACCAGCGCCAUCCAUCCACGGCCACGGCACAAAAUUUGGAUACAUCGCACAUCAUGUUCCUGGCUACAGUAUCUUUCGUCUGUGCAAGAUUACCAAUGGACAAUGAUUGCGCUAGGAAUUUGUUCGGGCGGCGCGCACAUUGUUGGGCAAGACGGGACGUUUUCCUUUGCAAAGUUACAGCAGAGUUUGCUUCAAUUAGAUCUAUUGAGUUCAGGUUGAUCAUGUACUGCCAGCGCCUCGCCGUCCCCUUGACCCGCUCUAUCUUCGUCACCAGAGUCCCACUUGCUCUUCGCGCGGAGAGUGCGCUGGCUGCCCGAUGCCUUCACACCACUGUUGCACGAAAGGACAUUGACAGUGCUGCAAAGUACAUCGGAGCCGGAGCUGCAACAGUCGGUGUCGCUGGUUCAGGAGCUGGUAUUGGAAACGUAUUUGGUGCCCUUGUUAUUGGAUACGCCCGAAACCCUUCAUUGAAGCAGCAGCUGUUUUCAUACGCUAUUCUUGGAUUUGCCCUCUCCGAGGCUAUGGGACUCUUCUGCCUCACCAUGGGUUUCAUGAUCUUGUUUGCACUUUAA